UGGAAAACAAAAAUACUUAAGUAUAUAAUUAGGAGAAACGCAAAUUAUAAGCAGCAAAACAUAAGCUUAUAACAGAGAGAGAAAGAAUGCCGAAGAACAAGGGAAAAGGAGGAAAGAACAGGAAGAGAGGGAAGAACGAAGCAGACGACGAUAAAAGAGAACUAAUAUUCAAAGAAGAUGGGCAAGAAUACGCACAAGUACAACGUAUGUUAGGUAAUGGCAGAUGUGAAGCGCAGUGUAUUGAUGGAACAAAACGUCUAUGUCACAUACGUGGUAAGAUGCAUAAAAAAGUUUGGAUUGCUGUUGAUGAUAUCAUCCUCGUUGGUCUUCGUGAUUAUCAGGAUGAUAAAGCAGACGUGAUUCUGAAGUACAUGCCAGAUGAGGCGAGGCUGUUGAAGGCGUACAAAGAGUUGCCUGACAACAUUAGGCUCAAUGAGGGCCUUGGUGGUGGAUUUGAUGAUGAGGAAAACGGCAUUGCUGAUAAUUGUGUUGAGUUUGAGGAUGAUAUUGACAGAAUCUAAAAUUUGUGAAAUUAAAGUGAUCGUGUUUUUGACUUACUAAUAUUUAUGUAGGAGUUUAAUUUCAGUAUAGAUUCACAGCUUAUUAUGUGUUUUUUGAAGUAAUACAUUAUAAA